CCCAACUCCAGAAGUCAAAGUUGCGUUUAAAGAAAUUAAUCAAGAAGACAACGGAACCCCUUCACAUAUAAACUACACAAACUCAUCUUUGUUGUUGGUUACAUCUCAAAGAAAAUCAUGGGUUUCAGCUUCAGAAAGCAGGACCUUGAUUUGGUCUUGGUCCCUAGUGGGUUGCUGAUCAUGUUUGUUUACCACCUGGUCCUCCUUUUCAGAUACAUUCAUAGACCUCACACCACAUUCAUGGGGUUUGAGAACAAUGACAAGAGAGCCUGGAUUGAAAGUAUCAUGAAGGAUAAGGAAAAGAAUGUUAGCACUGCUCUAACUGUGAUCGUUUCCAACAUUAAUGCAUCAGUUUACUUGGCAACAAUCUCCUUGACUUUGUGCUCUAUCAUUGGAGUUUGGAUUGCAAACUCUGCCAGUGUUGUCUUUGAGAGUAAUAUAAUCUACGGCGACACAAGGCAAUCCACCAUGGCUAUCAAGUUCAUAACCCUCCUAACCUGCUUUCUCCUUGCUUUUUCAUGCUUUGUUCAGUCAGCAAGGCAUCUUGUCCAUGCAAGCUAUUUAAUAAGCAACCCAAGUAAUGAUGUAUCUGCGAGUAGUGUGGAAUUGUCUGUUAUAAGGGGAGGUGAACUUUGGUCACUUGGGCUUAGAGCACUAUAUUUUGCUCUUAAUUUGCUGCUAUGGUUUUUUGGUCCAAUACCCAUGUUUAUUUGCUCUGUCUGUAUUGUGAUACUCCUCCAUUGCCUCGAUAGCAAUUCAACUCCGUUCAAUGAGUAUGGUUCUGGAACCCAGACAGACAAAAGGAAUGCUCGGCGGGAUGUCUAAGGCAGCUACUAUUAAUAAGCAUCAUAAUGUGCAAGGUCUAAUUCUUGCCUCAAUUUGUAUUGUUAAAAUGAAGUAUUUGACAUUAAAUUUCUGUUAGGAACUUUGAUUGAUGCAAGUAAUUUUAUUUGAAUUCAUGUCCGAAAGAAUCAAAAUUUUACAGAUUCAAAAAUCA